AUGGACACUAUUGGUAGAACAGCGUUGGGACAAGAAUAUAAUUCACAAAACAAAGAAAACCGCGAUUUCCGAAAUAGUUAUGCACGUCUAGCAGAAAUCGUUGCAUACAGAAUUUCAAGUCCGUGGUUUUAUACUUCGAGUUUGUUUUCACUGUCGUCGAGAAAACAUGAACAACGAAAUAGUCAACAUUUAAUGCAUAAAUUUGUAAAUAGUUUAAUCCAGAAGAAAAAAGUCGAAAUCAAUGAAAAAGCUAAUUCUACUAUUAACGAGUGUCGUGAUGAAGAUUGUAGUUAUCAAAAGCCUAAACAUCUAAUUGAAAUUCUGUUAGCAAACGAACAUCAAAUAACACAUAAAGAAAUGGAGGACGAACUUAUAACCAUUAUAAGUGCGGGACAUGAAACAACUGCAAAAGCAAAUUCAUUAAUUAUAUUUAUGCUGGCUCAUCAUCAAGAUGUUCAACAAAAUGUAUAUCAAGAAAUAAAUUCAAUAUUUUCGGAUGGUGAUUUAAGUCGACCGCCUACAUACGAGGAUUUACAAAAAAUGGAAUACUUAGAACGUGUGAUCAAAGAAACCAUGCGACUUUAUCCAGCUGUUCCUCUAGUGCACAGACAAGUAGAAAACGAAAUGAUGAUUGGAAAAUAUCUAAUCCCGGCGGAGACAAUUAUUGCGAUUCCCAUUUAUUGUUUGCAUUUAAAUCCACAAAGCUAUAAGGAUCCAGAAAAAUUUAAUCCUGACAACUUCUUACCUGACGUUUGUCGCAGUCGUCAUCCUUUUGCGUACAUUCCCUUUAGUGGUGGCACACGAAACUGUAUUGGAAUGAAAUACGCAAUGCUCCAAAUGAAGACUGCGAUAUCUACUCUUAUCACGUUUUGUCGUAAACGAUCUUUUGAACUGUUUACGUAUAAUAUAGAUGGUGCUAAUCUUAUAAAUGUUUCACAUAUUAAGGAUCUUAGUAUAAAACAUCAAUAA